AUGGGAAUCCUGUUGAGAUCCACGAGGUUAAUCUGUGCAAAUCUCAAUUCCAUAUCCAAAUUCUCCUCAAAUCCGUUGGUUUAUCGUCGAGAGAGAUAUACUCCGAGGAGGAUGAUGAGCUAUUUGACCGGGCACGACCAACCCCAGAGGUUUGUGAUGGCGCGUGUAGACGACGAUUCAAUUUAUUAUCAUCAAUUCUUGACCGACGACAACCUCUCCUGGGAGCACAGCGAUCUCCACGUUAAACGCCGGUACAAAUAUUUUCUUCCUUAUGCCAGUUGCAACGCGUUGGUACUGGCGGCUACAGAUCCCGGCCGUCGGAAGGUGGCUCUCUGGAACCCUACCACCGGUGAGAUCAAAGCCCUUCCUAAACCCAUCAUCAGUGUUCCCUUCAGACCUUCCGUCGCGAGGGCCAAAGUUUUGGCCCAUGGCUUCGGGUUCGAUCCCGCGACUCAGGACUACAAGGUGAUAAGGUUUCUUUACUUGAGAAUUGAAGGAUGUGGUUUGAUAUCUGAUGGCCUCGAAAUUCAUCUCUACUCGCUCAAAACUCAUUCCUGGAAGGAAAUCAGAGCUUCUGUGGACGAUCCAGCUCCCGAUUUCAGUAUUCACAUAAACGGCGUUUGCUAUUGGUUCAACGGUGAUAUUGAUAUCAUGUCCUUCAACUUUGCUAAUGAGGAAUUUGGGCAAAUUCCGAUGCCCCCAACUGAUUCGAUCGACACUCCCCUGUGUAAUUUUUGUUUUGCCCGAAUCGAUGACUCCUUUGCAGUUGUUCUUUACGACUGUCCUGAGGAUUUGACCAACCUCCCUCGCUCUAGAAAGUUUGAAAUCUGGAAAUGGGAUAAUGAUGACGUGUCGUGGGCCCGAGUGCCUGUCGAAACUGAUGCCGUGCCUGCUGCUGCUGAUGCUCAGCAGCUAGUGGCUCUUGUGAAUGGGAAUAAGCUGUUUGUUAGGGAUUCGCAGGGUGAAAUACUUACUUUUGACAUUGACACAAGGGAGUUGAAGCAUCUCCAUUUGCGUUCUAAUGAAUAUGAAGUUUUUGUUCUUCCUUAUGUUGAGAGCUCAUUUCCAAUCAAAGCCAGCAAAGUUAAAAAGGGCAGGCAGCGGCAAAAAUUUUGUUUUCUCUCCUCAUAUCCAUACACUAACAACAUCAACAGCAACAACGCCGCCGCCGACGACAAGCUCAUGCUUUUGGUGGGGCAGGGUAACAAAAAUCUAUCCUUAUUCUCAAUUGAAAACAACUCUCUCCAACUGAGCAACAUCAACAGCAACGGCGCCGCCGACGACGACAAUCUUAUGCUUGUGGUGGAGUUGGGUAACAAAAAUACAUCCUUAUUCUCAAUUGAAAACAACUCGCACGAACUAAACAACAUCGACAUCAACGGCAACGGGGCCAGCGAGAACAAUCUCGUGCUUGUGGUGGAGCAAUAUACCAACAACGGGCCCCACAAACUUUCCGUACACUCAAUUGAAAACAAGCGCUCGAAC